UUUUCGUGCACCCUAAAAAUUAGAGUUUGUGUAAUCAAAGUACUUCUUAAAAUCUCAAUCAGUAUUCAUUAUUUAUCAAUUUUGCUCAUGUUUUAACUUAAGACAAACUACCUAUAAAAUAAUUUCAUAUUUACUGACGUAAAUUACCUGAUAUUAUUCAAAUACGUAACCCAGUGCCAAUUUAUCAUGGAUAAAUCCAUUUUAGAAGAAAAUAGUGAAGUGAUCCAAUGUUCAUCAAAGGAUAUUCCUACAACAUCAGAAGAAUCAUCAAAAUUUAUCAACAUGGAACAAGGAAAUAUAUCCAUAGUCACUACAAAUGGCAACGUUGAAAAUUCCACUGCCAAAUCUAAGAGAAGUAUUGGUCUCCCAUCAAGCUCUAAACUUAGUAACGCAGCUAAAAUUAACGCUCCAUGGCUCAAGAGUCUAAUUCAAGAUGAAUGUUCAGCUUGGGAUUUGGCUAAGAGCGGACUUGCUGAACUUAUAGGAACUGCAAUGCUUGUUUUUAUUGGAUGCAUGGGAUGUGUAGGCAGUUUAGGAACCAAACCAGCUCCACUUCAAAUCUCAUUCGUCUUUGGGUUCACUGUUAUGCUGAUUAUCCAGAGUAUUGGACACAUCAGUGGCGCUCAUAUUAAUCCUGCUAUUACUGUCGGUGCAGUUGUACUUGGAAAAAAAACCCUAGCUGCAGCAUCGGUUUAUUUCCUUGCUCAAUGUACUGGUGCUAUUUUAGGAUAUGGUUUGCUCAAGGCAGUUACUCCUUCCAUACUCCUUUAUAGUUCAAGUGGACCAUCAACAACAGACAGUUUUUGCGUAACCGACUUACAUGAAAACAUCUCUAUCAUUCAAGGCUUGCUUGGAGAGAUAAUCGUUACUGCAAUUCUCAUGUUCAUGACCUGUGCGAUUUGGGAUGUUCGUAAUGAAAGGAAUACCGACUCAACAGCCAUUAAAUUCGGUUUAACCGUCGCUGUGCUUUGCAUGGCUCUUGGACCAUACACAGGAUGCAGUAUGAACCCUGCACGAUCAUUAGCACCAGCAAUAUGGAAUAAUUAUUGGACACAUCAUUGGAUCUUUUGGUUUGGACCCAUUGGUGGUGCACUUCUCGCAUCAGUUAUGUAUCGAUCCAUGUUCUCCCCAACCAAGUGUAAUUCAGAAGAGUGCAGUGUACUUGCAACUUCACAAAAGGCUGAGAUCUAAUUCUGAACUUCCUCGAUACAUUAGCUUUAAACAUAGUUUAUUUCAUUUGAAUGGAUUCAAGAAUGCCAAAGGAGGAAUUUAAGAAAUUCAAAUUAACAACACAACUGGAAAAAAUGAAAGAAUUGUUGGCAUCAGAAAGCUUCCACAAUACAAUCAUUCAGUUCAUAAAAAUUACAUAAAUUGCUUCCAUUUAUAUUCCAUAGGAUAGUUAAUAAACUAA